GCGCGUACACGUCUGCAGAGGGGAAGCGGGUGCACGAUAGUGUGUGUGUGUGUGUGUGUGUGUGUGUGUGUGUUAGAGAGUGGAAGAAAGAGAGAACAUGAGCGCACAUUCAACGCGCGGCUCUUUUUUUUUCUUGACUUUGCGCUUAAUCGUUUUACGCUUUCUCCGGAGACCCCUUUCCACCUAAAUCGUUUAGUCUCAGCCCACUGGGCACUUGCAGCGGCGCAACAGGGAGCGGAAGAGGCGCAUUAUUUCAAACUACAACACGCCAAACCUCUGUAACACAAAGAGGGAAAACGCUACACACGAUACAGGAGACGGAAAGUUUUUUUUAACCUCUUUCCCCCCACGGCUCAUCCCACUCUCCGGACCAACUAUGGACUUGGACCAAAAAGGUCCAUCAGUGCGCAUCGGACGGACUGGGCACGGAGGAGUGAAUCAGCUGGGGGGGGUGUUUGUGAACGGGCGGCCUUUACCCGACGUGGUCAGGCAGCGGAUCGUGGAGUUGGCCCACCAGGGCGUGCGCCCGUGUGACAUCUCACGCCAGCUCCGGGUCAGCCACGGCUGCGUCAGCAAGAUCCUGGGCAGGUACUACGAGACCGGCAGUAUCAGGCCGGGGGUAAUCGGAGGAUCCAAACCAAAGGUUGCUACACCCAAAGUCGUCGACAAAAUCGCAGAUUACAAACGCCAAAAUCCCACCAUGUUUGCCUGGGAGAUCCGAGACCGGCUACUCGCUGAGAGAGUGUGUGACAACGACAGUGUGCCCAGUGUCAGCUCAAUCAACAGGAUCAUUCGCACUAAAGUCCAGCAACCGCCUGGCCAAUCAGGAAGUGUCACUGCCCAUAACUUAGUCUCCACAGUGGCCGUGACCCAGGUCUCCGCGGUAACCAGUGACGCGGCAGGCUCCUCCUACUCCAUCAGCGGGAUUCUGGGGAUCAGCUCGGCGGCCGAUGCUAGCAAGAGGAAGAGGGAUGAAAGUAUGGACGCCUUUGUCUAUCUUCAGGACUCCUCUUUGGCAAAUGGCCACGCCCAUUCAGGGCGGGACUUUCUGCGCAAGCAGAUGCGAGGGGAGCUCUUCACACCGCAGCAGCUCGAGGUAUUGGACCAUGUGUUUGAUCGACAGCUCUACUCAGACAUUUACCCCGCCCCUGACAACAGCAGCUGCAAGCCCACCCAGACGUCGGACUACGCAAUGGCGUCCCUGGCCGGCGGAUUGGAGGAGAUGAAGACCAGUUUGUCCAAUCAGACGGGAGCAGAGUUGGGACCUGCCGUGGCGGGUCCUCAGUCUUACCCGCUGGUUUCAGGUCGUGACCUGGCCAGCACCACGCUUCCUGGUUAUCCACCUCACGUGCCCCCGGCGGGGCAAGGUAGCUACUCCGCCCCUUCCCUCACAGGAAUGGUACCGGGUGGCGAGUUCUCCGGCAGCCCCUACCCCCACCCGCAGUACUCCACCUACAAUGAGUCCUGGAGGUUCCCCAACCCCAGCCUUCUGGUGUUCCAACAAGAGUACGGUUCUCUGCUGGGCUCAGAGAGAGCAGCUUCAUCAGGCCUGUUCCCCAGCCAGACCCCACAAACGGCAGGAUCUCCGUACUACUACAGUGCAGCCACUCGGGGGGCGGGGCCUGCUGCCACGGCGACGGCCUCUGCUUACGACCGCCACUGACUGUGCAAGGGUGAGCGGAAAGCCCACACCACUGACAGCCCACGCGGGAUGAGGAAGAGGAAGAGGAGGAAGAGGAAACUUGCUGUGCUUUCUGGCCCACUGCAGUCACUGCAGAAGCACAUGGGCCCCAUCAUCUAGAACUUCUGCCAAACACACACUCACACUCACACACACACAGAUUUCAGUUCACCUGUAACUGGUCUUCUGUGGGAUAUAAACGCUCCUGCCUUCCAUGUGAUGAAGUAUCUUUUGCAUCGUGCCUACCACCUCGAGUCUAGAGUCUGCUUCAACAUUUUUAUUGUCUUUAAUUACGCAUCACACCCCCUAUUAAUCACACCUUUCUAAUCCUGCCCUCAACCCAAAUUUACUCGGUUUACGCAAGAGAAGAUCAUCAGAUAUGAGUGUGUUUUUGUGUGUGUGUGUGUGUGUGUGUGUGUGUGUGUGUGUGUGUGAGCGUUGGGUAACAGACAAUCGAUCCCUGGCGGCUCAGAGCGACUUCACGGUUUAAGCCCCCCCGCCCCGUUUCUGUAACAACAUCAAUCCUUGUACAAUAUGAUCGUGACAUUUUUAUCCCGGGGCCCUGACGACUUGCGCAACGUCGUUUAAAUGCAGCGACGUGUAGUGCAGGUCAUUUGCUUGUCAAAAAAAAAGAAGAGGCUCAUUACCAGUGAAAAGCUGGCGGGUGAGCUGUAGACAGCGCCGUUUAAGGAAGGUGGACUGUAACUCAGGUUAGAUCGCUGGCAUUGUCUGCUUUGAAAGACCCCUACACUGUAAAACACGAUUUGUUUUUAACCUAAAAAUUGCCGAACUUCAAAUUGUAAGUUUAUAGAACAGUACAAAAUCUGGUGUCUGAUAAUUAUCUGUUAUCACUUGAAAUUGAAUGAACUCAGAAUUUGUAGGUAGCUCGGACAUUCAGGCUACUUUUUAAAGUCAAGGCGACAAAGUAUUUUUACAGUGUAUUUUGUGACUGAAGCCACUUAGCUGUGGUCCCUGCUUAAGAUGAGGUAUUUGGUACUAUUGCUAAACCAGGCUAGACCGCUGUCUGCUGUAAUAUUUUUACACACAGCUCAUUUAAACUUGCAACCAUCACAAACAUAAACCAGUAAGCCGUUGACACUGAGAUGUCUCUCACUGGCCAUAUUUGGUAAGCAGAGCGCAUGAGCAUAACCAUUCCUGCUGCAUUCCAGAAACUCCAACUGAAAUGUUUUAAACUCGUCACUAACUAGAUUUCUUUGCCCAACUCGAGGCUUGUCGUUUGGUUGCUGCGGCGUCGUGAUGCUUGCAAACACGGUACCUUUUCUAACGGGCAGUAACGUAGUCAAGUGGCAUGGGGCGGGCAAAAUCUUUUUUUGCUUGUUUUGUUUUGUUUGGGUUUUUGUUUUGCUUUUUUACGGCAUGGCUUGACAGGACGGACUCUCGUCGCCCAGCCUACGACGCAGCGCGGAGACGCUGGGUGGAGUUCUCUCUCUCCUUGUAGAUACAUGCUGUUUGCAUUUGUACAGAAUGCACUGGUGGUCUGCACGUUUGUCAGAUUUAAAGCUAUUUAUGAUGGAGACAGAGUAAUAUAUAUAUAUAGAUGUAUGUUUAAAGGGUUAUUGUGGACAUGCGGCACACGGCUGGCUAAAGACAAAAGCUUGGAUUGUUUCGUGCCCCGUCGCGUUCCCGAGCUCCGGCUCCGCCGUGCCGGAACCCCGGGAGCCUUCCGUGAAAACGCCAAAUGCUCUCCGGGACCUGCAGAGAAGCAGGAGAGAUACCGCCUAGCCUGCGUUCCUCCACCCUGGACAGGAAGUGAUGUCUUUCUUCCUCUCAGUUUGAGGGGGGGGGAAAUUCCUCAUAGAAUAUUUGGUCAUUGUCUCCUUAGCCUCCCCAAAGAUCCCUCCGAAGUGUGUAAAUGUGCUCCAGUAAGCACAGAGACAAAUCGUUCUGAGAUAUUUCUCUGCCUCUCUCUCUCUCUGAGUGCUGUUAUUUAUUCAUUUUUUUCGUUCUGGUUUUAAAAAAAUAAAAUUACUUUCAUUCAAACUGCGCUGAGACAAUGCAUGAAACCGAGGUGAAGGCCUUACCAAACUCACACUUGGACCGUACGUAGUGCCGUCGUGCUGAUGGUAUAUCGUCCCCGCACGCGUCCUCGGCUUUGCUGUACAGCCGCAUUCUGUCGCUCCCUCGGCAGCUCUCCACCGACUGAACGAUUCAUGGCAACCUGUAGAUGAUCGUGAACGAGGAGAGACAAACCGACCCUUUAUUUAGCUAUUGUCUGUGAUGUGUGUUCUCAGAUAUUUCCUUUUUUUAAAAAACAUUUCCUUCUUUUUUUUUUUUGGAUACACUGUGCGUUUCUGAGUAGCUUUCCAGUGGAGAACAUUGUAGAUUUAGUAGAGUCACAAACACCAAAACCUUGACAUGAAUUGUGAAAAAAAUUGAAUAUAUCUAUAAAUAUACAUUAUAUAUCUAUAUAAAAAGAAGCUUUUUUUCUUAUUUUGAUGGUCCGGAGUCUGAGGUAGUAUUAGGAUUAUACUGCGUUUGUAGACCGUAAGUUGCAUGUUGUGCAACUCUAAAGAACCCUUGAUGCCGUUCGCCGGAGUGCUACUGGUGAACUUUGACCUUUUAACCUUUUAGUCGGAGGCAUUAUGAACUUGAAGUACACCAGCUAAAAAAUUGAGGACAGUGCCUUUACUUUUCUACCACGUCAUCCUGAAUGACCCCGUGUCACUAAAAGACGAAACUGUCUGCAUGACACCACCAAUCAACAAACAGUGCUGUUGACCAGGGGCUGUGUUUUAGGCUGAAGAAACCAAUCACCAAUUUAAAAAAAAAAAAAAAUCAGUCAGACUAAUUAAUCAAUCACCGAUAUACGACACAGACAAAGGAGAUGCCAGGUCAGUCACAGCAGGAGUCCGAUCGUGUAUCACAAAACCUGUCUCAAGAUCUCGGGUUCUCUGCCACACGUGGAGAACAUGCACUUAAAAUGCAUAUUAUAUAUGGCAACUAAUAUUUUUCUGCUAAUUAGAACCUUUUAAAAUUCCUAAAAAAUGUAUUGCCAACAAUUCAAAUAUUUUGACUUACACGUUUAGACACAGUAUUCUUGUGUGUUCAUCUUUCAUUGUUUUUCAAAGGACCAUUAAAUGGGCCUUUUUGUAUAGUCAAACUGUAUUUUCUAUGCUCAUACACCCAUGCGUGAGUUUGUGAACCAAGACAGCAGUUAUAAACCCCUAGUAUUUAUAUUCAACAAAGCGAUGAAGGCCGUUGCCUGAAAAAAUAUUUUAAUACUAGUGUUUUGUUCCCUGUCCCUGCGCUCUCACUGUAAAUGGACGCCUUGCCCCUGACCCGACCCCUCUGUUCGAACCCAGAGAUUCUGAAGGCUCCUAUUGGCUCCCAGGAUGAUGAUUGGCGGCUGGGGCGCUGAGCAGUAGCAUAAAGGGGGCGUUGCACGGUCCCUGCGCUUUCCCGUCACCCCCUUCAGACUCACGUCAGACACGGAGUCCUUUUGUCCUCUGCCGGGUCGGAUUCGGUCCACCUCUCUCCGUGGGGGCGGUCUCCACCCGCUGCGCCGUCAAGACGGACCUCCGCCCUUCUCCCUACCCCAUCUCCUCUGGUUCCCAACUGCCCUGCCAUCCCAUCAGAUCCUCCUAACCCCUUUCUCCAGGUCCGUCAGGAUUAGGCGUACCCUACUCAUCGCGUUCCCUCGACCGUCCUGAAAUUCCACCGUUCCUGGACGGUAAGAUGACCGUUCGCGGACUGGGGUCAGCGACCGGGCAUCUCGCUGCCUUUCCGUCCGCAUGCACGUUCGGACUCGGGCGCCUUCAUAAUUAGAAUCGCUGUUCCGUCAGAGUCGUGUAGAAGGAGUGUUGCAGAAAGCAAAAAAAAGUGCAUUUUCACGCAAGAACGUCCUGUAACGGCUUUGAAUAUUUGUCACGUUUAUUAACUCGGAUUAACGCACACCCAGCUGGCCUAUAUUUUGCGCAUUUUAAGUCAUACAUUUUUGAACGUUUGUAUUUGUUGUUUUCCUCUUUCUGUAUGGUACUGAAAUGCCUUUUUUUUUUUUUAAAGCAAUCCUGAAAAAAAAACAACAAUAAAAAACAUAAACAAACAAAUUCAACAACAAUUCAAGCGGAAUUACCCAACAGGCACAGUGACACACAUCCUGCUAAGCCAUCGUCAUGGAGACCUUCCCCAGAUAGAGGCCGAAGCCCUGUGGUGUCCUACCGUUCAAAAAAAAGAGGGCUUUGCUUUUCAAAACAAACAAUUUGCCUUUACUCAUCUUCACUACAUAAGGACCGUCUGAAUCAAGGUCUCAAUUCCGAAGCAGACUGCUACGGUCCAGGUCAACUAUCCUGAUUAAAUACGCAGACAGAACUUGACUGAGGACAUGGGAAUUACCUUAUUGUGGCCUUCUGUGUACAAUCUGAAGCUCCUUCUGUAAUUAUGUACUGAUAGAUUCUUUCUUGAGGGACUGAUCAACCAUUUUUUGUUUGUUUCUUGUUUUGUUUUACAGAGUAUGAAAAAAGAUUUUAAGAAAGAUGUUGGGUGAAACGCUGUGGCUGAGUUAAAUUCAGGCUCAUGGCAAUCGGUUAACUUCAAAAGAAACAAAAAACCGAACCUAGAAACAGAUCUGUAGCACGCGCCAAGGCUGCGAUGUUAAAUUCUCAAGUGUCGACACGCCAUCAGACACGGAGAGAGAAGGUCUAAUGGUUAGAACUGGGAGAACUGCUUCUUUAAAAAAAUAUGUAUGUUUUUUAUUGAAUUUUGUAGUAGUUAAGAACAAAAUCUUGGUGUUUUUUUCCUCUGCGUGCUGUGUGUUGUCUUAAUAUUUGAAUGUAUUUACUGCGGUACAAAAUUUGCCAAAGAUAUGACACCUCUUCAUUUCAAUUUUUAAUCUUUUUUUUUUUACAUUUUUGGUUUAUUUUCCAAAUCCAUGCAUAAACUGGAAAUAAUUGUGAUAUGCUAUUUUUUUGUUUUAUAAUUUUAUUAUCCUUAAUGUUAUGAUAAUUAUAAUUAUUAAAAAAAAAAAUCAGGGUUAUUUUAUGUGAAAAUUUGAAUCGUCUGACAUUCGUUCCUAAUCCCUGAACUCAGUACAGGGUAAAUAGGCUACUAGGUGUAUGUGACUAUGAGUGAGUGUCAUUUGUGAAUUAUUGAUUUACGUACCUGUAAUGUGAAACUAAGAAGUAAUUAUUUGUAAAUAUUUGACAUAAUUUUAUUGGUUCAUCAAAAUAAAGGUAAUUUUUUUAAGUUCACAAGUCUA